AUGUCUGAAAGUUGCGAGACAGAUUUGUCGCAAACAUGCAAGGCCAAAGCGUGCGCCAUUCAAGAUUGCCUUCAAGGUAACGGAUACAACGAAUCCAAAUGCACAAAGUACAUCGAUGCUCUAUAUAAAUGUUGCAAAGAGUUCUACGAAGAGCAUGGUCGUGAUGCCAAAAGCGUCUGUUGUCCCAAAUUCAACUUACUACAACUAAAAUUGGAACAACGAUCCUUGGGUAAAAUCGACGCCGAAAUGAUCAAACAGGGCAGAGCUUGA